AUGACAUUAGUGGAGUUGGUGUGCAAAUAUCGAGGGAAUCGAAAGAUUCUCCUGCUCAUUGUUUACAUCGCUCUUUUCCUCGACAAUAUGCUCCUAACGACCGUCGUGCCGAUUAUCCCCGAGUAUCUUCUCCGAUUAUCGCAUCCAAAUGAGACGGAUCUCUUGCUGUACAAUGUUCAAAGUAAUGAUGUCUCGGACAACAUUCGAGGCAAGCGACAAGUCUGGAAUGAAGAUCAGGAUUGGGAUAUUCCGAUGGAGGAUCGUGAUCGGGACAUUGAUUGGGAGGAGAGCCCGCUUGCAUCGAAGGCGAAAAGUCGAAAGCCAAGCAGCAAGCAGAAAACAAAGAGUCGCUCACGAACAAAGUCGAAAAGUAAGAGUCCUAAUCGAGAGCUGGACAAGGAACGAGCGCCACCGGAAGAGGAUCCAAGCGCACGAGAAGGCCGACGUCACAACGUGCUCGCCGAAGAGAAUGUCCACGUCGGCAUGGGAAUGUUGGCUCAAGCGUAUCCAGACGACGCCGAGCGUGGAAGUGCUAUUGGGAUUGCGCUCGGUGGAUUGGCUUUAGGUGUUCUGGUGGGUCCACCGUACGGAGGAGUACUCUACGAGUGGGCGGGCAAGCCACUUCCCUUCAUCCUGCUCGCCCUCUUGGCACUAUUUGAUGGAAGCUUGCAAUUCCUCGUUCUUCAACCAAAAAUUGAUCGCAGUGAGCCCGAGGGAUCAUCGAUAAAACAACUCGCGAAGGAUCCGUUCAUCAUCGUAGCUGCUGGAGCUAUCACCAUUGGCAAUUUGGGGAUUGCAAUGCUUGAGCCAUCGCUUCCCUUGUGGAUGAUGGAGAGCUGGCAAGCCGGAUCGUUUGAGAGAGGCAUCGCUUUCUUGCCCGCUUCGAUCUCUUACCUCAUCGGGACAAACAUUUUCGGGCCUUUGGCCCACAAGAUGGGAAGAUGGCUAUCAGCGUUUAUUGGCUUGGUGGUGAUUGGUUUCUGUCUAUUGUUGAUCCCAUCGGCUACUUCGGUGGGCGGACUUAUUAUCCCGCACUUCUGCAUGGGUUUCUCAAUAGGUAUGAUCGACGCCUCAAUGUUCCCAUUGAUGGGCUAUUUGGUGGAUAUUCGACAUGUCGGCGUUUACGGAAGCAUUUACGCCAUUGCUGAUGCGGCUUUCUGUUUCGCUUUCGCGUUAGGUCCUUUCUGUUCGGGGCCUCUAGUGAGAUCGGUUGGAUUCCCGACCAUGAUGUACCUGAUCGCAAUCAUCAAUUUCAUCUACGCUCCAUUGAUGUUCUUGUUGAGAGAUCCGCCACCAAUAAAGCGGGAAAAUGAGGCAAGCGCCGUUUCAAACGGAGUAAACGGGGUGCCGAGUGUCGGCGCUGGAGGGGAUCAUUAUGAGAAAAUCGAGGGAUCUGAUGUUGUCCGAAUGCAAGGGUAUCAAUAUGAAUAC